AUGGAUCAUUUGCCAGAUAUUCAAAAUGAAUCAAUCAUUGAAUCGAAUUCAAAACCUGACGAAGACGAUGCACUUGAUCCUCGAAUUCAAAUUGAAUUAGAACGAUUAAAUUAUGCUAAUGAAGCUAUUAAUCAAUUAGAACUUCAACUUGAUGAAGCACGAAAAGUAUGUGAUGAAUUUAAGGGAAAAUCAGAAGAAGAAUUAUUUCAAUUAGAAAAAAAGAUUGGUGAAGCUGUAGUCAAAGCAAGAAGUUAUUAUGAUGCACGAAUUAAACUUCGAGAUGCUAAAGAAAAAUUAAUUAAAGCUAAACAUCGAUUUGAAUGUGCACAAGCAUUACAUGUUGCUGCUAAAGAAAUAGCUAUUGCUUCGGCUGAUUAUAUUGAUGAAGCAGCAAGAUCACAUCAAAAUACAACAACAUGGAAUGAAACAUAUCUUCAAGCUGUUGCAAAAGCACAUGAUGCUGAACAAGAAAAAUAUCAAGCUGAUUUAGAUCAACAAAGUGCUGAAAUGGUUCAUUAUGAUCUAGAAGAAUUAGUUUUAAAAUUGCAAAAAGAUUGUCGACGAGCGAUUAAUAAAUCAAAACCUUAUUAUGAAACGAAAGUGGAAUUUCAUAAAGAAUUGGAUUUUCAAAAACGUAAAGUAUCUGGCCUUGAAAAUUGUGUUAAUGAAGCUAAAAGUCAAUACCAAGAGUCGUUAAGAAAUCUUGAACGUAUUAGUAAUGAAAUUCAUGCGAAACGUCAGCAAAAAAAGCUACCAAAUAAAUCUGGCGAACAAAUAUUAGAUGAACAAUCACUAGCAGCAUCAAUUCCAACUAGCAACUCAACAAUAUCAGUACUAAAAAAUGGUUCAGAUGGUAUUCUUCGUUCGUGUUUACUUCGUACAGAAACUUUACCAGCUGGAAUAUUUACUAAUACAAAUAAUCGAAAUUCAUCGGAAGAUGAUGAAACAAUAAAAAGAACAGAGAAUUUUAAUAAUCAAUUUAUUCUUCGUUCAAAAGAAGCACCACAUCCAAGUAUUGUAACAAAUUCUGAACAAGAAGCAAAUGCGUUACUUAAUAGUGCUCGUGACAGAUUACGAAGUUAUUCAUCAUACGUAUCACAAACUACAGAUGAUGAAGAUGAUAAAACUGGAUCAUUAAAUAUUAUAUCGGAUGAACAACUUCAUCAUUUAACUUCUAUAUAUAAUUCUUAUACAUCCGAAUCAUUACCGCCAACAGGUACUCAUGAUCAAUUAUAUGGACAAACAAAUAAUAUUCUAUCCCAAUCUAUACUAUAUUAA